CUCCACUCCACUUCCUCCUAUCCCUCCCUGCACCUCGCCCGCCGGCCAUGGCGCCGCUCCCGGCGCCCACCGCCGCCUCCGCCUUCCUCUUCCACGCCGCUCCCCGCAACCACCUCAAGCCCAAGCCUUCCUCCAGACCCACCACCCUCUGCGCCGCCUCCUCCCCAUCCCCCACGCCCUCCCUCGCCGACCAGCUCCAGCCGCUCGCCCGCACGCUCCUCACCGACAAGCCCACGCCCUCCGCCGACAACCCUCGCCCGGAGCCCACCUGGGUCAACCCCUCCAAGCCGCGCCCCACCGUGCUCUCCCUCCACCGCCACCGCCGCCGCCCCGCCGCAUCCCACCCCUCCUCCGCGCCGCUCCAGCCGCUCCUCCGCGACCUCCGCGCCCUCCCCGACGACGCCGACCUCGCGCCCACCCUGCACGCCUUCUUCCCGCUCCCAUCCUCCCCGCCGACCCCCUCCGACGCGCUGCUCCUCCUCAACUACCUCCACCCCACCUGGCGCAAGACGCUCUCCCUCCUCGCCUACCUCCGCGCCCUCCCCACCUCCUCCUUCCCCGCCGCCCAAGAAACCAUCCUCUACAACGUCGCCCUGAAAUCCCUCCGCGCCGCGCGCCGCUGGCCCGAGGCGGAGCAGCUCGCCCUCGACAUGCUCGCCUCCAACGUGCCCCUCGACAACAUCACCUACUCCACCCUCAUCACCGCCGCGCGCCGCUGCCGCCAGUUCGCCAAAGCCAUCGAGUGGUUCGAGCGCAUGUACUCCUCCUCCCCCGCCGUCCUCCCCGACGAGGUCACCUACUCCGCCGUCCUCGACGUCUACGCGCAGCUGGGGAUGAAGCAGGAGGUGCUGGCCCUCUUCGACCGCGCGCGCGGCAGCGGCUGGAAGCCCGACCACGUGGCCUUCGCGGUGCUCGCCAAGAUGUUCGGCGAGGCGGGCGACUACGACGGCAUCCAGCUCGUCUUCCGGGAGAUGCGGGACGCCGGGGUCCGCCCCAACAUCUUCGUCUACAACGCGCUGCUCGAGGCGCUCGGCAAGACCGGCAAGCCCGGCCUCGCGCGCAGCCUGUUCGAGGAGAUGGCCGCCGAGGGCGUCGAGCCCAACGCGCGCACGCUCACGGCCGUCGCCAAGAUCUACGGCCGCGCGCGCUGGGGCCGCGACGCGCUCCAGCUCUGGGACCGCAUGCGCGCCGCCAAGACCCCCGCCGACAGCAUCCUCUGCAACACGCUGCUCGGCAUGUGCGCCGACGUCGGCCUCGUCGCCGAGGCCCAGCAGCUCUUCGCCGAGAUGAAGGACCCCGGGCUCGACCACGUGCCGCGGCCCGACAAGUGGAGCUACACGGCCAUGAUCAACAUCUACGGGAGCGUCAGGGACGCCGACCGCGCGCUGCAGCUGUUUGCGGAAAUGCUUCAGGCCGGCAUCGAGGCCAACGUCAUGAGCUACACCAUCGUCAUCCAGUGCCUCGGCAAGGCCAACAGGAUACGCGAUGCUGUCGAACUACUCGAGGCGGGGCUGGAGCGCGGCCUCAAGCCCGACGACCGCCUCUGCGGCUGCCUGCUCUCCCUCGUCGCCCUCAGCACCAAAGGCGGCGACGAAACUGACCUCGUGCUCGCCUGCCUGGACAAGUUCAACCCGAACCUAGUCAGCCUCAUCAGGAUGCUAGGCGACGCGCAAACCGGCGCCGAUGAGAUCGACACCACUCUAAAGGCCGUGCUGAACGCGGCGGACUCCGUGGUGCGCCGCCCCUACUGCAACUGCCUCAUCGACAUAUGCCAGAACCAUGGGUUCCCUCCGCAGCGAUCAGCACAGCUCUUCCGCCUCGCCCAGCGCUACGGCCUCUACUCCAAGCUCCACAUCAGGAAGGACGAUGCCGACGAGUGGCUGCUGGACCUGCACUCGCUCUCCAUCGGUGCCGCCAAGACGGCGUUCGACGACUGGAUGAGCACCCUCUCGGAGCGUGCCGCUGAGAGCAAGCCCCUGCCGCAGUCCUUCAACGUGUUCACCGGGUCCAGCACCCACAAGUUCGCGCAGGGGCUUGCGAGCGCGUUUGCGGCUCAUCUUGAGGAGAUUGCGGUGCCGUUCCGCCCCAAUGAGUCGCAGGUCGGCAGCUUCGUCAGCUCGAGGGACGAACUGGUCCCGUGGUUGCAGACUAGAGGUUCUUCGCCGGCGGUUGUUGCAGGAUGAUGGCUGCACAUUCUGCAAUGGGUUUUGCUGGAGGAUGCUCCCAGUUGCAAGGUGGGAAAAAUGAGUGAACUUGAUGGGGUAAAGUAGCUCGCCAUCUAGUGCACACUCCGUGGACAACAUUGUACUAGUUUUUAGGAAGAGAAGUAUGGUGGUCUCUUCAUAAGGUUAUGUAAUUCUUCCUUCCAUAGCUGGCAGAGUUAGGCGGAAAUGAUGACUAAUUCAUCAUGCUAAUAGUGAUGCUUUUGUACCAAAAUUUUGAAAUGCCACUUCUCAAAUACCAA